AUGAAAAUUGUGUGCGUAAUCGUUGCCUGCAUGUCGGUCGCUGCAGCAAAUCCCCAAUAUCACAAUAAGGGCACGCAUUUCGACUCACCGAGUGCUACCAUUCUACGCCAAGAAAAUAACAAUAUAGGGGUAGGCGACUAUCAGUUCUUAUACCAAACGAGUGACGGCAUUUCCAGAGAGGAGAAGGCAGAACUGAGGACAAUUGGUUCGAACCAAGCAAUUGUUGUUCAGGGAUCGUACAGCUACAUUGGAACGGAUGGGGUAACGUACACAGUGAAUUAUGUUGCCGAUGAAAACGGGUACAGAGCCGUUGGAUCGCAUAUUCCUAAAAAUUAA